AUGUUACCGUAUUUAUGGCAGAAGUGUGCCAUAUCAUCGGCAGCUGCAUGUUUGGAAAUUAUUAACAGUGAGAGUGUUGGCAUCUAUUCGUUUAGUCAGUCAGCACUUCAAGCCUUAAAAUUCCCCAAAGGGACCUCCGCACUGGCGACUGACUGUAAACAGGUACUGAAGCCUGCUCCAAGUUUUGUAGAUCUAGUGUGGAACCCUGGACAUAAGGUAAUUGAAGGUAACGAGAAGCAGGCAUCAUCGCAAGAAAGGGAUCUGAAAUCCCUAUUAUGGGACCAGAACUUUCGAUAA